AUGACUCAUUUGCAAGCUGGUCUCUCCCCUGAGACCCUGGAGAAAGCUCGCCUGGAACUCAAUGAGAACCCAGACACUCUGCACCAGGACAUCCAGGAGGUGAGGGACAUGGUCAUCACUAGGCCAGACAUUGGCUUUCUGCGCACGGAUGACGCUUUCAUCUUACGCUUCUUGCGGGCCCGGAAGUUUCAUCACUUCGAGGCUUUCCGCCUCUUGGCCCAAUACUUUGAGUAUCGGCAACAGAACCUGGAUAUGUUCAAAAGCUUCAAGGCUACUGACCCUGGCAUCAAGCAGGCACUGAAGGAUGGCUUUCCUGGGGGCCUGGCCAAUCUGGACCACUAUGGGAGGAAGAUUCUAGUUCUUUUUGCUGCCAACUGGGACCAGAGCAGGUACACACUGGUGGAUAUUUUGCGUGCCAUCUUACUUUCUUUAGAAGCCAUGAUUGAAGAUCCAGAGCUGCAAGUAAAUGGAUUUGUUUUGAUCAUAGACUGGAGUAACUUUACCUUCAAGCAAGCUUCUAAGCUUACGCCAAGCAUGCUUCGACUUGCCAUUGAAGGCCUUCAGGACAGCUUCCCAGCAAGAUUUGGAGGAAUUCAUUUCGUCAACCAACCUUGGUAUAUCCAUGCCCUGUACACUGUGAUCCGGCCUUUCCUGAAGGAGAAGACUCGGAAAAGGAUAUUUUUGCACGGUAACAACCUGAACAGUCUACACCAACUAAUUCAUCCUGAGAUCCUGCCUUCUGAGUUUGGAGGAAUGUUGCCCCCAUAUGACAUGGGGACGUGGGCAAGAACCCUGCUAGACCAUGAGUAUGAUGAUGACAGCGAGUACAGCGUGGACUCCUACAGCAUGCCUGUGAAGGAAGUAGAGAAGGAGCUCUCCCCCAAAUCCAUGAAGAGAUCACAAUCAGUAGUGGACCCCACAGUACUAAAACGCAUGGAUAAAAGUGAAGAAGAAAACAUGCAGCCUUUACUUUCUCUGGACUAAGAACUUCUCCACCCCUACCCCACCGAUUAGAAAUGGGAGGUACUGGCUUUCAGCAACAGGACAGCACUGUGGCAUUUACCUGCUGGAAAACCUUAUCCAUGUUAAUGUAGCAUAAUGCAUAAGGCAUCUGGCUUUCACAUUUGCCUAAACCAUGGGUGCCCCGGGCUAGAUUUUAAAAAGUCAAUAAUUUAUUCUGUAAGUGCCAAGUUCUUUGUAAAUACAAUAUAGUCUUCACAUCAAGUUUGUAAAUUUUGGUAGUAAU